CCUACGACUACUACAGGAGAAACCCUUCCCCCAUUCCAAGAUUUCUGCCCGUCCCUAUGAACAUCACAGUCCACGAGGGUGAGACCGCGCACCUCCGAUGUAGGAUUCAUAAUCUCGGUCCGAAAUUUGUCGUUUGGCGGAAAGCGGAUGAGGAAUCACCUCUUACCCUCGGCAAGACGACCUUCACCCCUGACAAAGACAUCGAGGUCCAGAUUGAAGAAAUCAACCCGCAGGAUGUAGAGAAUGAGGAAAGCAGAUACGAUCUGAUCAUCAAGAACGUAUCUAAGGACCAAGAAGGCACAUACGCGUGUCAAAUCAGCGCAACAAAAAACUACACGUUCAAUAUAACGUUAAAUCUUUUAGAGCCGAUUAAAUAUAUACAAGAGCUUGAAUUGACUGGGACAGAGUACGUAAGCAUAAUGGAAGACAUUCGGCUCGUCUGCAACGCCACUGGUGCUUUAAAGGCCCCGGAUUCUGUGGACUGGUUUUUCGAUGGGGAACCAAUUAGUAAAAUGAAGCCCGGGCGCAUUCUUCAAUUAAACUCGAAACCAAUGCCUGGAAGGUCAUUGAUAAGUGAACUUGUGAUCAAAAACGUCACCACUGAUGACAGAGGGCAUUACGUCUGUCUGUUGACUAAAACGCUUGCACAGGGGUUUAAAGUCCACGUUCUUAAUGACAAAAAGAAUCACAAAGAUCCAAAACGAGAUCUGGAAACGGAGAGGUAUUCAUAUAAUACAGAUCAUGCCCCUUCAGACGCGUUAGAAUCACAUGGUAAAAAUGACGCACUUGCAGUUUAUUGGAGCACUAGCUUGCAAACGUCACUUACGACAGCAACAUUAUUCUGGACGAUAACCUCAUCAUAGCAAUAGGUUUCCCAGACCUUAACAAAUGAAGAUAUAUGUUAGACCUGCAUGCGGAUACAUAUUGAUAUUACUGUGUUCGAAAUAGAGAGGUGAAGACUCUUUGAAUAGCGAUAUUAUUUUUUCGUAGGCAACAAUUGCUAUGAUUUUCGCUUAAUAUUUUAAUUAGAGUAAAAUAAAAUAUGCUAAAUAACGGACAAAAUUGUAGGUCUGCUUUACAAACACGUCUCAAAACAGUACCGGUAUUUAGAUACCUUUAUUGAGUUCAUCUAAAGCAUUUUGAACCUUAAUGAUUUAGGCGAAUGCCUAGCGCAAUAAAGCCAUUUUCAGCCUGUUUACAUUACCUUUUUUAAAUGUUGUGUAGCCUUUAAUCAUUUGUUUCUUAGAACACAAACAUAGAAGUUGAACACGGAUGUAUAUCAUCAUGUAAAUUACAAUGUUCACCUUCGUAUCGUGAAAUUCAUUUUAGAACAACGCCGCGACCAUAUUGCUUUUUCAAACAACAUUUGACAAUUUUUCUAUGAAAAGAGCCGUAAAUAAAAGUAUCCACCAAUGGUAUUUUUAUGUUGACGAUUAACGACCUAUUAGCAAAAAGCAAUCACCGACAAUUGUUCAAAGUUGGUACUAAUUUGACAUCAUUUCAAGAUAAUUGUUUCAUUCAUGUUGUUCUAAUUUAAAGUUAUUGGUCCAAGGGCAACGAAUGGUUUGUACUUACUAGAAUGUAUGCUUAAUAUAAAACAUAAUUAAACAGGGUGCGUCCAAUAUUGAAUGUGUUCUUUUAAUUACUAUUACUUAUGCUAAAAUAAUUGUCGAAUUCCGAUGUCUUUUGUACGUUUUCUUUAACGAAUAUGAUCACAUUUAGUUGUUAUUGUUUUGUAUAGUUUUACAAUUUUUGUAAAUACGGGUUC